AUGUCACAGGUCCAUUUUUGGUGGCGAUACGAAUUACUUACUGCUAAAUAUUCUGAAGAAGUAACUGAUUUUGAUUUUAUCAAAUUAAUCACAUUAGAUAACUCAUUGUUUCUGUUAGACAAAUCCAACCAAGUUUGGCAAGGCAAUAUCGAUUCAAAGUAUACUAUCUCGUUAAGUAGAACAAAUAUAUUAGCUGUAGAUAUAGGUGCCACCCGUUUUCAUUUGUAUUAUGUCACUGAAAUCGGUAGAGUAUUUAGAUUAUCUCCUACCCUCAAAAGUUGUGAAGAGGUAGUUCUGUAUGAAGAAUCAUCAUGUUGUAGCCAUGGAUAUGUUACUCAUAGCCGUAGAAUAAAUGUGAAACAGAUAUCUGCUGGUGGAAUGGGUGUAAUAUUUCUAUCAGACACUGGAGAACUAUGGGCUUCUGGAGAUCACCCACAGUUAGGUAUAUAUAGUGAAACAGAACCUAAGAAAGUUAUGUUUUUUGAAGGUAGGCAUGUUACAUUAAUUAGCUCUGGUGAAGAUUUCAAUGUAAUUAUUUCUCAUAAAAGAGAUGAUAUUUGUUCUAUAAAUCAGCCAGAAAAUGGAGAAUCUGAGGUAUUUUUAUCAAUCUGUCCACAGUGCACAAGUGACAUAGUUGCCUCUCCUUUAUCACCACAUUCUUGUUCUGAUGCAUGCCCUCUUGGCUUAUCAUAUAAAAAAUCAUGUGAAUCUUUAAGUGCUUCAACUUCUACCAGUAAAACUAAUGGUGGUAGUGAAAACAGAAGGAGUAACGACAAUACUUCAUCUUGUACAGAAGACUCUCAUCAUAUGUCUGAUGCUACAGAAUGUAAUGUUUCUCAUCAAUCGAUUGAUGUAGAAAACAGAGAUAAUCAAGAAAAAGGUGAUCGAAUGAGUAGUAUGCUUAUGAUAAACACUGAAGCUGCCAGACAGUUUUUAACAAGGCAGUUAUCAUGGGUUUCAUCUGGAGGGGAAGAAUUAUUGGCAGAAGUUUCUGGUCCUACUAGAAUAUUACGUCAGAAUGUAACCACUGUGGCAAGCCUUGUUUAUGAAGGAGUAAAAACUGUUGGUGACAAAGUGGCAACAUUAUCUCGACAUGUCAGUGGUGGUUCUGACAACAUAAGUGAUUCAUUUGAAGAAUUUGAAGAACUUAAUCGAUCCAAUGUCAGCUUAAAUAGUAGUCUAAGGUGGGAUUGGUCUUGCAGUGAUGGUUCUGAAGAUGCUGCUAUGGAAAGAAAUGGUGUUAGCCGGGUCAAAGGUGCUCGUUUGAUUAGAGGUGAAGUCUGGGUUUGGGGUAAUGCUCAGCAUGGUCAACAUGGAAUUGGCGAGUUCGUUAAAAGAAAUAAACCUGUUCUGGUAACAGGAGUAUCACAUAUCGGAGUUUGUGGAGUUUGGUGUGGACGUAAUCACUGUCUUAUACAAACACUUGAUGGUAGAGUUUUUGGAUGGGGUUCUAAUGCAGUUGGGCAAAUUACCAAUUCUGAUCUGAAGGUUCAAAGCACACCCCUGAUCUGCGGGCGGGCAAUGUCAGUUGGAGUUGGUAAUGACUUCUCUGUCCUUUUGGAUCGUUCUGGCAGUUUAAAUUUGCUAACAAACGAAAGGAAGCAGAACCAACUUAAUUUGACUCAAAACUCUCCUCUUCAUAAUUUAACUCCCGUAAGAGUUUUGGGAUCUGGUGAAGUAAUGUGUGUGAUAUAUUCCAAUUUUCCUUAUAAAGAAACAACAUUAGAUUCAGACAUUGCCCAUGAACAGUGCUACUUAGAAGAAUUGCUUUCUGUAUAUAAUGGUCUCGUUAAACCUCUUAGUCGAAAGUCUUCCCUUGAUGAAAGCCUUUCGAACCUUUGUUCGCGUUAUACUGAUUUACUUCAUAUGACUGCAAUGAUUGUAUCCUCUCUUCUCCAAGGCAAAGCUUCACAUGAAGUUUUAACAUCUUUCCAAGAAGAAAUAUUGUAUGUUUAUGAGAAUUAUCUUUCAGUGGUUUGUGAUGUUAUUGCUACCAAUGGAUUUUCCCACAUUAUUCGUAAUGUUGAGACUCCUUCCAGAUUGACAUCUUGUUUUUCUGAUAGACUUCCGACAAAAAAAAAUUCUCCUGAAGCUAUUGUUACUUGUGCAUUCACUCAGCCACUGUCACAUCUUGUCGUUUAUAAAGGAAUGGUAACCCGUGGUGGAUGUGACGGAAUUUGGAGAUGGGAAAACUUGUUAGAACUUCAAGAGGGUAAACGAAAGGAAGCCGAAAUGACUAAACUGUUUUGGGAUAAUGCUGGCAGACUAUCAGAUAUUUUAAGGACUGCUAAAAGAAGAAUCAUUAAAGAUUCUCGGUCGAAUCCUCUAUCACUGCAGAGUGCUUCUCGCUUUUCAUCGCAUUGGUUCAUCCUGCUGUCAGAUGCAUUCAUACAUGUGUCAGGAGGAUCUCACACUGUUCAUAAUUUAGAAAUCCUUUGGGUUGAGUUGCUCAAUGAUUCUGAUAAUAAUCAGCAGAAUACUAUCACAAUCACUCUACCUGAAGAGACAUUGACAUUAAUCACAACAAGUCAUCUUGAUAAAACUGAAUGGUAUCAUGCAUUUCAAACGACGAUUAAAAAACUCCUGAACAAACCAGCUAUGCCAUUGGCCAGAACUGCUUCGUACACUUUUCUGAAGCAUGCCACUUAUAAAGAUGCGAAGUAUACAGGUCGUUGGCUUUCUGGAAAGAUGCAUGGUAGUGGAAAGUUGGAAUGGCCAGAUGGAAGGGUGUUUACAGGACAGUUUCACAACAAUCUUUGCCAUGGCUUUGGUCGGCUUGAAGUCCCUGGAGUUUCUGUUUAUGAAGGGCAGUGGAAGGAUGGUACUGAAAAUGGUCAUGGUGUUACAAGGUAUGAAAAUGGAGAUAUAUAUAUCGGUUAUUAUAAGGAUGGACUUGAAAAUGGACAUGGAGUAAGAAAAACUGGAAGGUUCACGUCUUCUCAGGCAUCUGUCUACGUUGGAGAAUGGCUGUUAGGGCAGAGACAUGGUUAUGGAGUAUUAAGCACAAUAGCAACUGGUGAAAAGUACCUCGGAUGUUGGAGUGGAAACAUGAAGAGUGGCUCUGGUUUGGUUGUAACAAUUGAUGGAAUUUAUUAUGAGGGAACAUUCAGCCAAGAUGUCCUUACAGGCCAUGGAAUCAUGGUGUUUGAAGACGGUACUCAUUAUGAAGGUGAGUUGAAACAGACAGGUGUGUUUGGUGGAAAAGGUGUUCUCACUUUUCCUAGUGGAGACUACAUUGAUGGAACUCUGCAUGGAUCUUGGACUGAAGGGAUCAGAGUCUCUGGACUUCUUCAUAAAGCUAAUCCUUUGUCAUCACCCCAACAAUCUUUCACACAACCAAAAUCUUUUGGUGAUCUGUGUGUUGGGGCUGAUUUGAAAUGGAAAGCUAUCUUUCGACAGUGCUGGGGGCUUCUUGGCUCUAGCGGUGAGAGUAAAGCUAUGGAUACUCAAAGGGCUUGGGAAAAUGUGGCAAUAACACUAGGUAGUCGCCAAUCCAUACGUCAUUCUGAGCUGUUGCAGACUACCCCACAAUUUGGUAGAAGUAGCCUGGAUCUUCAAUCUUACCACCAAAUUAUUGAUUAUUUGUCUCAGGCUUUCGAAAGUACUCAUCACCCUUUAGGAAGAGCGCUUAGUGAAUUAGUAGAAGCUUAUACUACAACAUAUUCUGGAGUUGUUCAUCCACUUCUACUACCACAAGCAGUUGCUGAACUCCACUCUAUUACACUUCGGAUUUAUCAACUUGUACGACUUUUAUUUCCUGCUCUUCCUGGCCAUACUACUCAACUUUAUCUUGGUGAUAAUUCACAAGAUGUCGCUAGCAUGACAAAUCUUCUUCAUCCUAUCAUACUUCCAAAAUUGUAUUCAUCACUGGUUCUGCUUUACUCACUCCACAAUAAAAAUGAAGAUGAUACUUACUGGAAGAGGCUUCUCAAAUGGAAUCGUCAACCCGACACUACAUUAAUGGCAUUUUUAGGAAUUGAUAAGAAAUUCUGGAAAGAGGAUAUUUUUAGUAUUGCGGUUGAAACACUUCAGCUUUUAAAAACAAAAUUUUCCCCAAUGGAGAAAUUGAUAGUUAUUCAGAACACCUUUCAAGAAAUAACAAAAGCUGCACAGACUGUUUUGGGCGAGACAUUUGUUUGGACAAUGGACGACCUCUUCCCAGUUUGUCAUUAUGUGGUUGUGAGGGCUCAUAUUCAAGGUCUUGGGUCAGAGGUACAUUUUAUUGAAGACUUCAUGGAGCCCUCUAUCAAAAGUGGUGAACUAGGUAUUAUGUUUACCACCCUUAAGGCAUGUUUCUUCCAAAUUUUGCAAGAAAAAGUCAGCAUUAUAAGUUAA